UGACAUCCGACGCAACUUCAUUUCGCAGCCAUCUUCUGAAUUCUCGCUUGGAUAUUGAUCGGAAACUUCAAGAAAUAGCAAUGCAAAAACUGCUGGCGAAAUAUCAAGCAAGUGGGCUAUAUCCUUUAUAAGAUCAGAUAUUGCGAAAUCGGGUGAAAGCUGCAGGCUGUCAGGAGGGGUAGGACGAAGACGGAGAUGGAGUGAGCGAAAGGACGGGUAAAGGAGGGUCGCAUGGUCCGCGGCGUGCACAUUUCACGGAAACGCCGCAGCCGAGAACUUCCGGCCCGCGAAACAUGGCGGCUCCCUGGAUGGAGAAGUUAUCGGAAUCGCUGGGCUCCUCAGAACCGGCGGUCAGGUUGAUCCUGUCCGUCCUAAUCGGUUACCCAUUUGCCCUGAUAUACCGGAGAUGCUUCUUCCGCCGCCGCCCCUUCGCUGUCCACCUGUUCCACACGCUGUCGGGUCUCGCUCUGGCGGCCUUCAACUUCGGCUCUCAGCUUUAUCACUCCGCUGUCUGUGUUGUCGUCCAGUUCCUGUUGCUGAGGCUGAUGGGAAGGACAGUGACAGCCGUUUUGAGCAGCUUUCUAUUUCAGAUGACUUACCUCCUGUGUGGAUAUUACUACACAGCGACAGAUCAGUAUGAUAUCAAAUGGACCAUGCCCCACUGUGUGCUCACACUCAAGCUUAUCGGUUUAUCAUUCGAUUACUAUGACGGUGGGAAAGAACGAUCUCAGCUCAGCGCAGAGCAGCAGAGCUCCGCCCUGCCUGCCGUCCCAUCUCUCCUGGAGGUCUGUGGCUUCUCCUACUUUUACGGUGGCUUCCUAGUGGGUCCGCAGUUCACACUUCGCAGCUACCAGAGGCUGGUCUCCGGGGAGCUGACUGACUGUCCUGGACAGCCACCCAGCAGUGUGCUUCCGGCCACGAAGCGUUUCUUCUUGGGUCUCGUCUGCCUGACGAUUUUCACUGUGGGAGGUCCCUACUUCCCAGACAGCUACUUCCUCACGGAGGAGUAUGAGGCUCAGCCCUUCUGGUUCCGCUGUGUGUACAUGCUGUUUUGGGCUAAAAUCACCCUGUACAAAUACGUCAGCUGCUGGGUUAUUGCUGAAGGAGUGUGUAUCCUCAGUGGGCUGGGCUACAAUGGAAAAGAUGAGAAGGGCGUGCACCAAUGGGAUGCCUGUGCCAACAUGAGGGUGUGGCACUACGAGACCACGCCCCUCUUCACUGGCACUAUCGCCUCAUUCAACAUCAACACCAAUGCAUGGGUGGCCAGGCAUGUUUUCAAGCGGUUAAAGUUCCUGGGUAACAAGAUGGCCUCCCAGCUGCUGACAUUGCUCUUUCUGGCCGUCUGGCAUGGACUCCACUCUGGCUACUUGGUCUGCUUCUCCCUGGAGUUCAUCAUCGUCAACGUGGAGCGGAAGGUCAUCACUGUGGUCAGAGACAGUCCACUGCUGAUGCGACUUGCCACCAGCCCUCUCUACCCCCUCAUCUACGGCAUCCAGCAGUUCCUGCACUGGCUCUUCAUGGCAUAUCCCCUCGUUCCCUUCUGUCUCUUCACUUACGACAAGUGGCUCAAGGUGUAUUCGUCUGUCUAUUUCUGUGGUCAUGUCUUCUUCUUCACCAUCUAUCUCAUCCUGCCAUCCCUCCGCAAGGGCUUGGUGCCUCGGAAAGCCGAGGAUGUGAAAAAAGAUGCAUAGAUAUAAAGGUCUCAAGUUUGGACUUUUGGUCUGAGUUCACCUGAAGGGAACUGUGACUUUUAAAGAUGAAAAGAUCAGAACAUAUUUUAAUGCCUUUAGUAAUAUUUAUGUGUACAAAUUUUGUUUCUAUAUAUUUUGUUUUGGGUGGAUGAGAAUGGGAGAAGUGAUUAAAUGAGGGGCAGAUUUUUUUUUUUGCGUGGGGGGGGGGGCAAGAAGUUGUCAUUUAAGUGUCCAUUGUUCCACUUUAUAACUAUAAAUCCAUCGAGUUUAGUGAGGGGGAGGUUUACUAAAAUGCAGAUCCUGAAUGUCAAUUAAAGAGGUUUACUGAAAUGCUGAGGCUGAAAGUUGUGUUGACAGGGGCGCAUGUGAUUUACAGAUUAAUGCUGUUUUUUGUUGUUGUUUUUUUUAAGUUAACCUCGGGUUCGUUCGGGUUAAGUAAAACCCAAGGAGGCUCUCACCCGAUGCACAAUACAGUUGGUUUCUACGAGUUCAAAAAAAAAGUAUGUGUGGGAAAAUUGACGCUGACGUCAAAGACCAUGCAGAUGAAGCCGUUCGCGAAAUUACUGCCGAAAACACUACAGCACGCUGCACUGUAUUACAGUAUACAUGUGAUUUAAAAAAUGCCUUGAAUAUUAUAAAUGAAUGUUUUAACGGUUAUGGUGGUUGAAAUGCUUUGGAAGUUCGGUUCGGUACUGUUUCUGUCUGUCCUCAUUUUCUCGGCCUUCUAGUUCUUUGCCUUCCCUCCCUCCGUUAAUCUCCUUUGGGCUGCCUAUGAUUGAACGAGAAAUACGGGAAAGGAAAAAACACCACAUUGUUAUCGAAUGGAAGUAUAAUAGUGCCAUCCAUCCAUAACUAGUGAGCUGGGACCCCUCUUACCUAUAUGCUCAAAAGGUGGAGGACUGUAACUCACUGUAACGAUGAUAGUAUUUUGAUAAUAUUUAUAUACUUGUGGUGAUUAUUGAUGUGUUGAUUAUUAUUCUGGAGAACUACUUUUGCCUUACUGCUACCAAAAUGUAUAAAGAACACCGUUUUAAACAGACUUUUGUAAUGUUCAUUAAAAUGCUGGAUUUUUAAAAUCGA